AAAUUUCCUUGCGGCAUUCUCUUAACUUCUCUCAUAAUGUGGCUAGAAAGUACGGUGACAUUGAAAACCAAGAGAUUUCAAACAAGGAAGAAGGUCUUGCCAUGUUUAUCGACCCUAAUGCCGAUGGCAAAUUUGAUUGUUGCACGUCACUUGUGGCCGUGACCAUCAUACAAAAGAGGAAAUUACAGUGUCCAUCGUCCAUCCCUCUUGAAAAUGAUGAUUUGCUGACAACCUUCAAGGAGAGGAGAGGGAGUGAGUUGGACAAAGCUUAUUGGGCCAUGGGUUUUAAUAUUGGGAUAAUUAGUGAGGCCCAAUGUGGACCAGAGAACCAAAGUCAACGAUCCAGUGACCAAAUGGACUUCCAAAGAGACACGUCGUUGCCACCAGAGAAGGAGCCAUUUAGUGAUGAUUGGGCAGACACCAUCAACAAGGUAGUCCCUGCGGUGGUGGUUUUGCAAACAACUACGUGUCGUGCAUUUGAUACUGAGCUUCCUUCUUCUGCCUCUGCCACUGGGUUUGUUGUUGACAAGGGACGUGGUAUUAUACUUACUAACCGACAUGUCGUCAGCCCUGGCCCUGUUAAUGCCCAAGCUAUAUUUACAAGCAAUGAAGAAAUUCCAGUGCGUCCAAUAUACAAAGAUCCGGUCCAUGAUUUUGGGUUCUUUUCAUAUGACCCUGGUGCCAUAAAAUUUCUGAAUUAUGAGGAGAUUCCACUUGCCCCUGAGGCUGUUUCUGUUGGACUGGAAAUCAAAGUUAUUGGAAAUGAUAGUUCUGAGAAGGCAGCAUCUGGAACUAAGCCUGGCUCUAGUGGUUCCCCCAUAAUCGACAAGCAAGGUCGGGCAGUGGCCUUGAAUGCUGGGAGCAAUUCAUCAAGUUUGUCAGCCUUCUAUUUACCUUUAGAGAGAGUUGUUAGGGCAUUGAGACUUCUUCAAAAGUGCACAGAUGCUUAUUCAAAUAAAUGGGAGACAGUUUCUAUACCUCGUGGUACACUUCAGGUAACAUUUCGCCAUACAGGAUUUGGUGAGAUAUGCCGACUUGGUCUUCAAAGUGAAACAGAGCAGAGGGUACGGCAUGCAUCUCUACUAGGUGAAACUGGAAUGCUUGUUGUUGACUCUGUGGUGCCAGGUGGUCCAGCUUAUAACCAACUGGAGCCGGGGGAUGUGCUUGUUUGCGUGAAUGGGGAAGUAACUACUCAAUUUUUGAAUUUGGAGACAUUACUAGAUGACAAUGUUGACCAAAAGAUUGGGUUACAGAUAGAAAGGGGUGGCAUAUCAUUGAAUGUUAAUUUAACGGCCAGAAACUUUGGCUUCCAAUGUGGCCUUGUAUGUGUUGCAGAACCUGGGUAUAUGUUCCACAGAGCUGGAGUUCCUUGCAAUGCCAUCAUUAAGAAGUUUGCUGGUGUUGAGAUAUUACAACUCGAAGGACUAAUCUCAGUUUUCUCUAAGCUAUCUAAGGGUGCACGAGUGCCAUUGGAGUACAUAAGGCAUGAUGAUCGUUAUCGAACAAAGUCUGUGAUAGUCUGUAUUGAUCGCCAUGAAUGGUAUGGUGCUCCAAAGGUAUACACCCGGGAUGUUAGUUCUGGUUUAUGGACAGCGAGUUCUGCUAUUCAACCUAGGUUCCUGCAGCUGUCAUCUUGCAGUAGUGAUGUUGAACAAGGUCCAAAAGUUGAAUCAUUUUCAUUAUCUAGUGAAUCUACUGUGGUGAAAGUUAUGCAUCAAUCUAACGAACAGGAGUUGGCAAAUGGUGUUGUGAGGAGAGAAGCUAGUAAUGGACAUAUUUCUAUGGAAGCCCAUUCUGAGGAAGAAUAUGAUGCUAAGACUGAGUGCCGAGCACAGGGGCAUUUAUCUUCUAAGGAAAUUGUAGCUGCCAACUGUUCUACUCGUGAAAUUGGAGAAAUUAAAUUGAAGGACCCAAGUACCACAGAAAAAUCAGUUUUAAAGGGAUUUGAGGCUGCUACUUCAGCUGCUUCAUUGGUAGAAAGUGUCAUAGAGGCAGCUCUUGUUAUGCUUGAGAUUGAUGUGCCGCGAUCGUGCUUGCUUGAUGGUGUCAAUUCAGUGGAGUCUUCUGGGACUGGUGUCAUCGUUCAUCAUUCUCAAGGCAUGGGGUUGGUUGCAAUUGACAAGAACACAGUUGAAAUAUUUGCAUGUGAUGUGAUGCUAUCAUUUGCUGCAUUUCCUAUUCAAAUUCCUGGGGAGGUUGUGUUUGUUCAUCCUACUUACAACUUUGCUCUAGUUGCUUAUGACCCCGCUGCUCUUGGAGCUGGUGGUGCUUCAAUGGUUCAUGCUGCUGAACUACUUCCUGGUGCGUUGGAUUAUGGAGAUUCAGUGUAUCUUGUUGGAUUGAGUAAUAAUCUACGAGCACAGUCCAGGAAAUCCAUUGUAACAAACCCAUAUGUUGCGUUGAAUGUUCACCAAGUUGAUCGUCCACGGUAUGGAGCAACAAAUAUGGAAGUGAUUGAACUUGAUUCUGAUUUUGGCUGUGAAUUUACUGGUGUGCUGUGUGAUGAGUGUGGAAAGGUUCAGGCCCUGUGGGGGAGCUUUUCAAAGAAGGAUUAUCAAAUUGUUCGAGGUAUCCCGAUAUAUAUGAUCAGCCAAAUAGUUGACAGUAUUAUAUGUGGUGCAAAUGGGCCAUCUCUUCUCAUAAAUGGUGUCAAAAGGAAAAUGCCACUUAUUAGGACUUUGGAGGUUUCACUUUAUCCCAUAUUGCUUUCAGAGGCCCGAAAUUUUGGUCUCAGUGAUGAUUGGAUCCAAGUGCUUGGUGAGAAAGAUCCAAUUAGACGACAAGUUUUACGCAAUGAAGGUUGUUUUGCUGGAUCUAAAGCUGAAAAUUUAUUAAAACAAAAUGACAUGUUGUUGGCAGUAAACAAAGAGCCAGUUACUUGCUUCCGUGACAUAGAAAAUGCUUGUCAAGCAUUAGAGAAGUGUGGUGACAGUGAUGGGAAGCUUAAAAUAACCAUCUUUCGCCAGGGAUGUGAAGUUGAUCUUCUUGUUAGAACAAAUGUUAGGGAUGGAACUGGAACCACACGUGCAAUAAGUUGGUGUGGGUGCCUUGUUCAGGAUUCUCAUCCAGCAGUGCGUGCUCGUGGAUUUCUUCCAGAAGAAGGUUAUGGAGCAUAUGUGGCAAAGUGGUCCUAUGGAAGCCCUGCACAUAGAUAUCGUCUAUCUGCUGUUACAUGGAUUGCUCAAGUCAAUGGAAAACCAACUUCUGAUUUAGAUGCCUUUGUUAAUGUGGUAAAGGAAUUAGGACCCGAUGAGUGUGUACGUGUAAAGACCAUUGACCUGGAUGGGAAGCCACAAGUGCGAACCCUGAAGCAGGAUUUGCACUAUUGGCCUACGUGGGAGUUGAGAUUUGAUCCAGACACCGCAAUGUGGCGCAGGGAGACGAUUAAAGCAUUAGAUUGCAGUAAUGGAUGA